AGAAAUAGCGGUCUCCUAAUAUUUUGCCACAUAUGUCAACAAUGGAUAUGUGUUCAAAAUGACGAGGCUAGCGAAGCGCGAACGUCCCCGAAAUCAAACGAAAUGGAGCAAACCCUUGAGAUUUUCUAGUUGAAGACAGAACUGGCAGCAAGAAUGAUGUGCAGAAGUGUGAUGACUCACAGAGUCACCUAUCAGGCUUUAAGAGCUAUUAAAAACAAUGGGAUGUGGAUGCAACCAGCUCUAUAUGCAUCUCCAUUACCACAUCACAUGAGGACUUCUGUUGGGACACAUGGGCACACUUUGAGCUCUUUUGCUCAAAAGUCUCUCUUCUGCUGCCAAAUGACACCUCUCUCCUCCAUAAUGUUGGAGCAGAGAAAAAUGAUGUCAACUGACGCUGCCAGGUCUGGAAACCUGAUGGACUUUCCCCACAUUCUGUUUCCAAGCUUUAUGAAAAUGGCUAAAAAUGUAUUUUUCACCUGGUUUAUCAUCAGGCCAUAUUUAGACCCAAACUUUUCUUUCAAGUCCUUCAUGGAUGGAGCCAAACAGGCGAUGCUGGUGGUGUCCGACCGCGUGUCACGGGGCGACUUUGCCGGCCUGCAGGGGCUGGUAACACCCGAGGCACUGGCCGAGAUUGAGCGCAACUACAGCCGCCUCUCGGUGAAGGAGCGAUGCGACCUACGGCUGCAGAGUGAACACAUCGGGCCUAUCUUUCCAUACGAGAUCGGCAUGAUCAUCGAGGAAGAGGAAGAGUUGCAGAAGCGCUGGGUCGAGAUCACGGUCUGCGCGCACGUGCAUCCCAACUUCGCGUACCAGCACCAUCCAAGCGAGCAGGGCUUCACGCCACCGUACCAGAUGCCCGACUUCACAGUCUGCAAUUACCGCUUCAUCCGAAACUACACCAAGGGUGUCGAGGACACAUGGACAGUGAAUGUGGUCAACCACUUCAGGCCGAACGCCGACCAGGACGACUGACGUGCCUGGAGGAGGUGCGAGACGCCGGGCGAGGAAGCUCAGUUGCUGCGUUUAUUUCCGCGUAUGAGAAAGUAUCGCCGAAACAGGAUUAUGUGCGAGAAGGACCGCGCUUACCUGGAGUCGCGCAGUUGUGCCAGGAGAAAUACUGCUUUCUCAUGAGAGCUUUUAUGAUGCAUCGUUGAAUGACUUUCGAAGUGCACCUUUUCGUUCUCGAGAUAUCAAUUUAUGUGAAUAUCUGUUUUUAAUAGGUACCUCUACAGCGUGCCCUGAUUUGCCGGUUUGUACUUCUCAGUGGCAAUUUUUGGCCCACAUUGAGCCCAGACGCGUCUAUUGAUGCAGCGCCUGCAAGGUCAUCAAAAGUCCGGAUCUCUCAAUUGCUUUAUGAGGUGAAGCAAUCAUGCGCGCGGUAUGAGCGUUUCCGCGGUUUGAAGGGCAUGCUAUGUAUGCAAUAUGCAUGCUCCACUUGCGAGGUGAACAUCAGUUACCUUGAUUGAAUGUAAUAACAUGUAGACUGUGCCACGAGUACAAUCCCCAUGUGAUAAUAAAUGGCCUGGAAGCACCGGA